AUGCUACGUCCAGUCCCUGAUAUCGCAGACUACGGCAUCACUCCCGAGCAUGGUUUCCUUCCAGAGCAGCCGCCGGCCACAGAGCUCCCGGCAUACUACUCCCCAUGGGAGACGGCUGUUGGGAAUCUCCAGCCGCUGAUACUGGCCGGCAGGCUGCGGAACACAAUUGAAAACAUGCCUGUGCUAUCCCCGGAGUAUCUUGACUCUACACCGGAAUGGCGACGUGCAUAUUCCAUCCUGGGAUUCCUUCUGCAUGGCUAUAUCUGGGGAGGCGACAAGCCCGCAGAUGAAAUCCCUCAACCCCUUGCUAUCCCACUAUUGAAAAUUGCUGCUCAGCUGGAAUUACCACCUGUGGCUACUUUCGCCGGCCUCUGUCUAUGGAACUAUAGGCCAAUAUUCCCUGAUAGCCCUGCAGAUUCGCUUGAAAAUCUUGCUACUUUGUUCACUUUUACCGGCUCUCUGGAUGAGCAGUGGUUCUACCUUGUUUCCAUAGCCAUUGAGGCUCGGGGUGCUCGGUCCAUACCUCUAAUGCUCAAGGCUAUAGCUGCAGCUCGUGCCAACGAAGCGGCGGAAGUGACGGAAUGCUUGUCCAAGUUCGCGGAAGUAGUUGACGAAGUAAACCUGGAGCUCCAGAAGAUGUAUAAACACUGUGACCCACAUGUUUUCUACCACCGCAUUCGACCGUUCUUGGCAGGGAGCAAGGGUAUGGCUGAGCUUCCACGCGGUAUCCUUUUCGACGACGGGUCUGGCCGUCAGGAAUACAAGCACUAUCGAGGCGGAAGUAAUGCCCAAAGCUCGCUGAUCCAAUUCUUCGAUAUAGUCCUGGGCGUUGAACAUAGACCAACCGGCGAAUCUAGACCGAAAACAUCCUCUUCUCCGCUCCCACCAUCCUCUUCAAGUGAUGAGAAUGGAGAAGGUAGGAAGAGGUGGCAUAACUUUCUCAUGGAAAUGCGGACUUACAUGCCGGGUCCACACCGGAGAUUCCUUGAGCACGUCUCCAGCGUAUCAAACAUCCAGGAAUACGUUCAAUCUCACCAGUCGAAUACCGAGCUAGUCACAGCUUUUAAUACUGCCGUAGCUAUGGUCAAGGCUAUUCGCACAACCCAUAUUACAAUGGUAUCACGGUACAUUGUCGUUAAAUCGCGCGAAGAACGGGAUACAAAGGUCUUAUCAUCAUCACCAGGAAAGGCAGCAGGACUACCCAAACCACAAUCCCAGCCUUUAUCAACACCCGGUGGAAUGCUUAUGUCAAACCGGCCAGCGAGAAACGAAAAGAAAGCACCUCUUCGUGGCACCGGGGGAACAGCUCUCAUUCCUUUCUUGAAGCAGGCCCGCGACGAGACUGGUGAAGCAGCCAUUGGACCAUGGGCGAAGAAGCUUCUUGACAAGGCUGGUGUCCAAGGGCCCAAGGUAGCUUCUUUGCCUAAACUUGACGAGCAUGCUGAUGGGCAGAUGCAAGUUGUUGGCCUGGCUGGUACUUGGUCUAUGGAUGAAGGCGAAGGUGGCCUUUGCCAUUGGUAA